UGGCCCCUGCACUGUGGGACCUGCUAUGGGCUCUGUGUGUGUAACGGGAUUGGUCAGAGUGUGUAACCAGGUGGGAACAAAGGAAAAGGGCUUGAUUCUGAAUAGACUUCAGUGAGAAGUGGAAACACACACACAUACACACACACACACACAGAAACACAUUCAGAUGCUUUGCAGAUGUUCUCACUAAAACACUCACACACAGAAACGCACUUCCAAAAUGCCGGCCUAUUUCCAGACACGUCUCGUACUUCUCCUGUUUGUUGUGCAACUGAUAUCAACCGAUCCUGUGGCAGAAGAUGGGACGCUCAGUAAAAACAGGAAGAGGGUAAACCCAGUGGUCCAUACAGAGCCACCAGAGCUUGACCCGAUCAGUGAUGCGUACCGAUACUGCAACUUGCCCAAUCACACAGAACACACACGUGAGGGUCACAGUCCGGCAGACUACAAGCUGCUGUUUGUGCAGGUGAUGAUUCGCCAUGGCGACCGUUACCCACUCUACACCAUCCCUCAGACCAAGAGACCAGCCAUUGACUGCACACUGUCACCGCACAGAAAGCCCUCACACCCUCUGCUGGCCUCCUUCAUCAGUCACAUGGCCCAGGGUGGGCGUGGUCACUGGGAUGCAUCACUGGGCUCACUGGCCCGAGUACCCAAUCACAGCACCUGUGAGCUGGGCGAGCUCACGCAGACAGGUGUGGUCCAGCAUUUAAAAAAUGGCGAGCUUCUGCGCCAGGCUUACCUCAAGCACCACAAGCUGCUUCCUCCUGAUUGGUCGUCACAGCAGCUGUGGGUGGAGACAACUGCUAAGAGCCGCACCUUGCAGAGCGGCAUGGCUCUGCUCUAUGGUUUCCUGCCCAAUUUUGAUUGGUCAAAAGUGAUGGUACGGCAUCAGAGGAGCACUAUGUUCUGUGGCUCAUGGUGUGAGUGUCCAGCACGGAAUCACUUUCUGGAUGAGGAGCAGCGUCGUCAAUACCGUCUUCGCGCCUCUAAUGCCGAACUUGAGCACACCUAUGUCACCAUGGCAAAGGCACUGGGUGUGGCCACACGCACAAUGCGGGCAGCCAACCCGAUAGACGCGCUGCUGUGCCACUUUUGCCACGGCCUGCCAUUUCCCUGUGCCAGCCCACAUUCAUUUCCUGCAUCCGAGAAGGGGGCGUGUAUAACACUGCAGCAUUUUGCUGUGAUUCGUCAGCAGCAGAGAGAUGAUGAGCGGGAGCGGAAGGAGACGGGGCUUUACCGGCGUUUUGCUGUGCUUGCAGCACAUCCUUUCCUGAACCAGACAGCGGUACGCAUGGAGAAGGCUGCUCGUGGCAACAGCGAGCCCGUCUUCGCACUGGCCUCAGCUCAUGACAUCACCAUGGCGCCAGUGCUAAGUGCCCUGGGCCUGGAGGGGGCAGGGUUUCCACGUUUUGCUGCUCGCUUAGUGUUUGAGCUGUGGAAGAGUCCAGAUACAAAGGGGAAGGGAAUGCGGGGAGGUGUGGCGAAUGCUUACGUGCGUGUGCUCUAUAACGGAGAGGACUUGACCUUUGAAACUGCCUUCUGCCGUGACCAUGACCGCCACUCCACUCAGCCGCUGUGCCCUCUGGGUAAUUUCUUGUCCUUUGUAAAAAGGGACAUGUUCAGUAUUGUGAACGCCACCAGCUACCAUCAAGCCUGCCAUCAAAACUUUUAAUAGUGAGACAGAUGGACAGAGAGUAAGACAGAUAGAAAGAGCUGAAUUUAUGUUUGUUUUUUUUUUUUCAUUUGUGUUUUUAUUAUCUGUUAGUUAUUUAGUAGUUUGAUUGUGUUUUCUUUUGAAUAGCACUAACAGUUAAUGCUGUGCUAAAAAUGCGGUCUAGAACAUUUUAAAUUGGUCUCACAAGUUCACUUGUAUGUGACGUGAUGCACAGUGUCUUGGGGAUCCAUCUGAUUUGCACAUUUGUAGAGUUAUCGCUGCUGUAUACAGUGUCAUAUCUGCAGCCAAACCACCCUCAACAACUUCAGCAAUUUCUCUCAACAAAAGUCUUAAGGCUGUUCACACGAAACGCAAUUUUUUUAUCGACAUUUUAAAAUGAACACUUGCAUUUCUAUAAUCUUGGAAAAAUAGUUUCCAUUUAGCAUUGUUUGAUUUGUCUGGGGGAGCCAGUAAAGGUUCUAAGAUCUGUACAACAGACGGUGCUUUUCAGAAAAGAUUUCAAGUAGAAUGCAUCAGCACAUGGAGACUGACGUUGGUGCACUCCAAUGGUGUGCCACUUUUUUCCUGACACUGGCAUCAAGGUCAUAAAAAAUGACAGCUGAGCAUCUGUCAUCUGUUCUGUCAGAGCAUAAAGAGUGAAAGUGGCUACAUAAACACAGAGCUAAAGGAAAGAGUGCGUUUGUUUAAUGGAGCCAGUAAUCAAAUCUCUGAUUAAUUCAAUAGGAAGUAAUAAAAUAAGAAUCUGAAAGUGAACGCAUGGUGAAGUGCUGCUCAGGGGUUGAUCAGUUCAUGAUCAUUGUCAUUUGUCGUGUUCGUGGACGGUUCAGCACUAGAAUUUGCAUGUGAACUUGUGCUGUAUUCACAGAUGUUGAUGCCGUUUUAAAAGAAUUGGUUAAACCCAUGUGUUUGAGUAGAAGAAGUGUGACAAACUCACCAUUACUGCAGAGCCUUUUUUUUUCUUUUUUUUUUUUUAGGAUGAUAGUGAAAAUUCCCAAUAGGUUAGUUGUAAGGAGUUGUAAAAGAGGUGUGAUGCAUAUUUCACACUUUUGUGAUAUUUAGUUGUCUCAUGUUCAUUUUGAGUGGGCCUCUACUACUAUCCUGUGAUCCACAUUCACACAAAUGUCCACUCAGUGUGGACAUGAUCUGUACAGGAACUGUAGACUGUAAUAUACAGAGAAGGAAAAAUAUGAUGAAAACUAUGCAGAAAGGAUUUCUGACAUUAUCACAAUACUGUUUUAUAAUGUUCUCCAUCUUUUUUCUUAAACUUUCAUGUUCACCCUCGUCUAGUGAACAUAAUCAAGUGAUUCUGGGAUUCUCAGAGAAAGAAAUGCAUUUGAAACCUGGACAGCUUUGUGCUGAAUAAUAGCAAUAUUGUGCGUGCAACAUAUCACCAUCUUGUAUAGUUUAUUAUUGGCACAUAUCUAUCAAGGACAGAUGGCAAUGAAUGAAACAUUUGCUGCCCAACCUUGUAUUUACACACCAAAUCAGGUUUGUUCUUCAAGCUAAUUUGGAUAUAAUGGCAACCUGCUCAGCAUAAACCAUGCUAUCAUGGAAAUCUGUAUUUAUCUUGGGGUCACUUGUACUGCUGCUUAAUUUAUUUAAAUGAUACUGACGUUCUCAUUCUGUCUUGAAGAAGUGAUAUGGAAAAUGCAUCAAGCCUGCUUUCCAGUUUUGCACAUUAUUUUAUUCCUGUUCUAUGAAUCUGCAUAUCUGCAGUUAAGCUGCCCACACCGACUUCAAAAAUCAUCUGAAAGCCACAAAAUUUGUCUUAAACAAAAUGUCAGAGUGAGCGAAGGUUAAAGCUAGCACAGACGUCAAGCAAUAAAUUAUCCCAAAUCUAUAUUUAGGGUCGGUCAGGAUGUUUUUCAGCGAUACAUUAGAUUUAACUGACUUACAGUACAUAAAAAAAUCAUCUUGUAUGAAUGAAACAAUAAGCCCAGGGUUGAAAAAUCUUAGAGUGUAUUUGUGACAGUGAACUGAGUAAGUACUGGACAGUAGCACUUUGAUUUACUGUGCGUCUGCGUUUGAAAGAACACAAUGAGGUUUGAUAUGCAGCCUGUCAGCUUUCAUUUAAAAGCAUUUUAACAACACUUGCAAAUCAAGCACUGAUUACCAGCACAGUCCUGAGGACAAUCACACUGAUUCAUAUGUAGGAAAGAUUUUGAUGAUAAACGUUUAUCCGUUAUGUCUGCAGACUAGUUUUUGUACGAUGUGCGGUUUUUAAAAGUUUGUAAGUUUGGAGAUUUUGGCGCACACAGCCACUUUAUUUCCAUCUUCAUGCAGUGACGAGGAUUUUUAGAUACACUGAGAUUCAAGGUUAUACAGUAGAUUUGUGUUUAACUUUGUUUAAAUAAUUGCAAAAUUAUUUUCAUACACUUAACAUGGAAUAAUGUCACAUCCGUUUUCUUAAAAUGGAGAAAACCAGGAGGAUUAAAAGUCUGGUGUAGGGAAUGUUGAAGGAUUUUGUAUUGUGAUUGCUAUUUUUAUUAUUAAUAUUAUCGUGUUCUAGCACAUUCCUUAAUAUCAAAGCACAUUUUGCAAUAAAGUCACAUUCCAAAUGGA